AUGGCAUCUUUAGAAGAGACAUCCCAGCAUUGUAAUGAUAUUGUGGAAUCGUAUUUAAGGUUAUCACCCAAUGAAAGUGAGUUCAUUAAGUGCACACAAGAUGCUAUCAACGAAACUAAAAGAUGCAUAUUAGAUGAAAUAUUUUGUAAAUGGUGUCCCUUCAGUGGUGAGAUAUCGCUAUCAUACAACGGUGGUAAAGAUUGUCAAGUAUUAUUGAUUGUGUAUUUAAGUUGCCUUUGGGAAUAUUAUAAGAAAGGGUCGCAAGCUUCGUUUCCAUUGGCGGAACUACCUGCAGCAUUCAUCUCAUUAGAAGAAUGUUUUCCCAAAUUGCAAGACUUCAUAGAGUUCACUGCGAUGAAGUACCAUUUGAACCUAUACAAAUCGCCCCUUCACCCUGACAAGAAGAUAAAGAUGGCUGAUGCAUUCGAUAUAUAUCUGAAUGAAUUCCCAAGGAUAAAAGGUAUACUGAUUGGUAUCAGACGGACCGAUCCAUUUGGAGAAAAGCUAGUGCCAAUUGAGAAGACUGAUUCCGGUUGGCCUGAGUUCAUGAGGUUGCAACCGAUUCUACACUGGAGUCUAGCAAGCGUUUGGAGUUUUUUAAUAUACAGCAAUGAGCCAAUCUGUGAACUGUACUCGAUGGGAUUCACAUCGUUAGGGAAAGUCACCGAAACAGACCCUAACCCAUACUUGAUGAUAGAAAAUGACAAGGACCACAACAGAAGCAAUAGGUUCAACUGGGAGGAAGAGCAUGCUUUUCAAAACCAAAAAGAACUUAAUAAGGAGAACAUCGAAUCUGAUUACGAGCUAGUAAAUGUGACAGAAACGAGCAUCCACACUGCUGGGAACCAAAUCCACAGGGACACGAAGUACUAUCCUGGAUGGUACCUCACAGACGACAAACUCGAAAGGUGUGGCAGAAUCAAACCAGCUGAAUGCUACCCACAAGCACCAACAUGA